AUGGGGCCGCUUGCGCUCGCCGAUGCGCUGGGCACGCCCAAGAAGCGCGUCUCGUACUUCUACGACUCGGAGAUUGGCAACUUCAGCUACGGGCCCGGGCACUGCUGGAAGCCGCACCGCGUGCGCAUCACGCACAACCUGAUUGUCAACUACGGCCUCGCCAAGCACAUGCAUGUCUUCCGGCCGCCGCUGGUUGGGGUUGAGGACCUCACGCGCUUCCACUCGGACGACUACAUUCAGUUUUUGCGCACGGUCACGCCCGACAAUAUGCACGAGCACUACCGCCAGCUGCAGCGGUUCGCGUUCAACGACGGCGGCGACUGCCCCGUCUUUGAUGGCAUGUUUGAGUUUUGCCAGAUCGCCGCGACGGGCUCGAUCGGCGGCGCCGCGCGCCUCAACGACAAGAGCGCCGACAUUGCCAUCAACUGGGGCGGCGGCAUGCACCACGCGAAGCGCUCGGAGGCCUCUGGCUUUUGCUUCGUCAACGACUGCAACCUUGGGAUCCUCGAACUUCUCAAGGAACACGCACGGGUGCUGUACAUUGACAUCGACGUCCACCACGGCGACGGCGUCGAAGAGGCCUUCUACACGACCAACCGCGUCAUGACCGUCUCGUUCCACAAGUACGGCGGCGUCUUCUUCCCGUGCACGGGCAACGUCAAGGACAUUGGGUACGGCGAGGGCAAGAACUACGCCGUGAACGUGCCGUGUCAUGAUGGCAUGGACGACGAGAGCUUCAUUGGCGUCUUCCGCGACGUCAUCUCCAAGGUCAUGGAGCACUACGCGCCGGGGGCGAUCGUGCUCCAGUGCGGCGCCGACUCGCUCUCGGGCGACCGCCUCGGCUGCUUCAACCUCAGUGUCAAGGGCCACGGCGCUGCGGUCGCCUACGUCAGGUCGUUCAACAUCCCGACGCUGAUCAUUGGUGGCGGCGGCUACACGCUCCGGAACGUUCCGCGCUGCUGGUGCUACGAGACGUCGGUGGCCCUCGGCGUCGAGAUCCCGGUAACUUAA